GGAGGAAAACGUAAUUAUGUCUUGUGAAUCCGCGCUAGAACGAAUAUGCAUCCCAGCCGGGGGGGAGAGACGCCAUGGCGUUGUUUACAUCCCGGGGCCCAGUAGCAGGUCCCAGCCUCUUCCUUCUCGGGUGAUUUCUAGAGUAAAUAAUUGAGAGAAGACUACAAGUGUGUCCCAUCCCUGAAUUGGGAGUUCCCUGCUUUGUGCUUUAAGUCAGGCCAACAGGUUGAGACUCAAGCUGUUUUGGUCACAAGUCAGGACUUGAGGAUGUUGACCAGAGUCCGCUAAUAUCCUUCAAUAUUUAGUGUUACAGACACCUGCUCCAAGUGAUACGCCAUGACAGAAGUGUUCCGGUUCGGCCUCGUGCCCAUCGCUUGUCGUGCCCGGAAUGAGGACCGCAGCCAAGUGGCAUUGAGUCUCAACAACAAUGAAGUGAAUAUAUAUGGCAGAGCUGCAUCAGAGUGGAAGCUUCAGGAAACACUCCAGGGUCAUGAUCUGCGUGUCACAGGCAUUGACUGGGCUCCCAGCACCAAUCGCAUUGUUACAUGUGGAGCAAUGAGUUAACGACUAAACCCUUGAGAAAUUAACAACUGGAUCAUGGAGACUCUGC